AUGCACGGUGGCGGCACCUCCCCUGAGAUCUUUCGCUUUCAGACUUCCUCCCUGCGUAUGGCCUUGGCCCACGAAUAUGAGUUUUUCUACGCCUCGGCACCACACCUCGCCACCCCUGGACCCGACGUGCUACCAUUCUUUGCGGGUAUGGACCCAUUUUAUAGCUGGUUCCGGCCCGAACACGACGACCCGGCUGCCGAGGUCGCCAUUUUCAAUGAUUUCGUCAAAAAGAAUGUCGAUACUUUUACUGCCGAUAACCCCGGACAUCAAAUCGUAGGCGUCCUGGGCUUUUCCCAAGGCGCCGUUGCUUCCACCAUACUUGUAUGGCAGCGUCAGAUCGGGCGCAUAACCUGGUUGCCCGACGUCAAGUUCGCCGUGUUGCUUUGUCCGGGGUAUAGUGCGGUGGCCACUGGGUACAUGCGCGGGGUUUGUAAGGAGCACGGCCUCAACGAAGACGGGAUCGUGGUGAAACUGCCAACUCUUCACUUACACGGUCGGCAGGACACGCUCAACCUGCCGCAGUCCAGGAUGAUGUACGCGACUCAUUACCAUGGCGCCAAAUUGGAGGAGUUUGACGGUAGACAUGAGGUGCCGAAAAGGAUAGGGGACGUUAAGAAGGUUACCGAGUAUGUGCUGGGGAUCCCCGAGUAA